AUGUGUAACCUAUCUGGCCGGUUAGAUGGGCUGGACUUUGUGUCCUUGCCUCGUCUUGCCCAUCUCGACCUCAACGACAACAACCUCUCAGGGCUAAUCCCGCCAAGCAUCGGUACGCUUGGUGAGCUCACUUUAUUGGAUCUCUCAAGCAAUUCCCUGUCAGGACCGAUCCCACCAUCCAUAGGUAAUCUUACUGAACUCACUUCCCUGGAUCUCUCACAGAAUUAUCAGUUCCUAAACGGCCACAUUCCUUCUGCACUUGGCAUGCUACACAAUCUAAAGAAGCUUGAUCUGUGCCGUAACAGCUUUUCUGGCCCAAUACCUCCUAGUUUGGGAAAUCUAACCACGUUGGAUUUCCUAGGCCUUAGCUUCAAUAGUUUAUCGGGUGACAUUCCACAUGAACUAGGAAUGCUGCAUAGGUUGUCAUUCCUACAUCUGCUUGGAAAUAGCAUCAGUGGCUCCAUUCCUGGAAGCUUUGGGAACCUAACAAGGCUAGAAUUAAUCGACCUUUCCAACAAUCAAAUACGUGGCUCCAUCCCUUCCACCUUCUGGAAUUUGAGAUCUCUAAAAAAACUUGUGCUUGCCUCCAACAAGGUUAAUGGACUGCUGCCACCAGAAAUAGGAUUUCUAGUUAAUCUCACGCAUCUGGAUUUAAGCAGCAAUCGAUUUACAGGAAGCAUUCCACCUCAGAUAGGACAAUGUCACCACCUGUUGCAGCUGCGGGUAUCAGACAAUUUACUGACAGGACCAAUACCACAAGAUCUUGGGGAGUGUACUGGCCUGUAUGAGUUGGAUCUCAGUAGAAAUAAUCUAAGUGGCACCAUCCCGGUCACUCUUGUGCAGCUUUACCAACUACAGAGCCUGAAUUUGUCAUUCAACAGUUUGGGUGGCAAAUUUGGGGGCACAUCUGUCCCUUCAGCCUUAGUUUCUCUUGACCACAAUAUUGAUAUCUGUGGUGAUCAACGGUAUGGCUUAACACCCUGUGGAGCACAAGGGCUUGAUGGAAACGACGAGGGGAAAAGACAUAAUAAACGCCUUAUUUUGGCACUACUUCUUGCUUUUGGUCUCUUUGGCUUCAUUUCUCUGGUAACAGGAAGCAUUGCGGCCUUCUGUUGGAGGAGAAAAAUUGCAGAAUGCAGGACCAGAAGCAAGCCUAGAGACAUGUUUUCCAUAUGCAAUUUCAACGGAAAGAUUGCAUUCCAAGACAUAGUUAAUGCAACAGAAAACUUUGAUGAAAAAUAUUGCAUUGGUGUUGGAGGACACGGGUCUGUCUUCAGAGCUGAGCUUCAAGGAGGAAGUGUCUUCGCAGUCAAGCUGCUCCAUGCAAUGGAAGACGACUACACUGAUGAAGGAACAUUUCGUGCUGAGAUUGACGUGUUAACAAAAACAAGGCAUCGAUGCAUAGUGAUUUCUUGUGUACGAUCUCUUGUGUACGAUCUCAUUGAAAGGGGAAGUUUAGCAUCAGUUCUUCAUGAGGAACAGCUUGCCAGAGAGCUUGAUUGGCCCAAAAGAGUUGGAAUUGUGAGGGAUGUAGCUCAAGCUCUAUCAUACUUGCACCAUGACUGUGAUGAUCCCAUUAUACAUCGUGACAUCAAAAGUAGUAAUAUCUUAUUAGACCAUGAUUUUAAAGGUUAUGUCUCAGAUUUUGGCAUGGCAAGGAAGUUGAAGCAUAUUUCCUCAAGUUCGAGUACUAUCUUUGCAGGGACAUGCGGCUAUAUGGCACCAGAAUUAUCAUCUACAAUGUUAUUAACAGAGAAGUGUGAUGUAUAUAGCUUUGGUGUGGUUGUCAUGGAAUUGGCAAUGGGAAAGCAUCCAGGAGAUCUUCUGCUUCCAUUCUUUUGCCAAACGCAGCAGCAUACAAAGCUCAAAGAUAUCUUGGACAAGCGCAUUGUACAGCCAAAAGGCAAUGAAGAAAGGGAUAUCAUUCUGCUCCUUCUUGUUGCCUUUGGGUGUUUGCAAAUCUGUCCAAAAGCCCGGCCAACAAUGCAGCAGGUGUGCCAAGCACUAACAAACAGAAGCUGCCCAGCAGCCAUCCUGAAGCCACUUCACGAAGUCAAGUUACAAGAUUUGCAUGAUUUCUGCUACACCAUACAGAAUAUAUGA